GCUUCACAGUUGAAGGUGACAUUAUUCAUAUCUUCACGCGCUCGACAAAUUUAUGCAAGCGCAUCACGUCGCAUUGCCUCGCCAUUGCGCUGAGACUCCGCCACUGUCUCUCAUUGGUCCUUGAAAAAAAUAUCUCGGAAGAAAACGUGCCAAAAUGGAUAUGGACAAAGACUCGUAGAAUGAGUCUGGCCUAUUCACUGAACAGUUCGCUCGAAUUCGACCAGAGCAGCUAGACUGGGCAUCGCUAUUUGAUCCUACUAUCCCCGAGCAGCAGAUACAACCGAGAGACGACUCCUACUAUGAGUUGUCAGAGGCGGUCAUGGAGCAAUUGGAACCGCUUAAACAAAAUCAGCUAGAACAAACGGACGACUUUGCCUCAGAGGCAUUUUUUGAUCAGAAUACCCUUGAGCAGCAAAUUCAACAACUUGAUCCGACCAAUGGUCUGAAUGCGGCUGCGAAUGUUGGGCCUCCCCCAGAUCCGACUAUCAUCGAACAGCUGCAACGAAGAUGGUUUUGCGGCUACCAGGAACGUGUAGCAUGGUCGAGACUCGGACAUAUUGCAACGAUAUCAGAUGAUAGCUCGAAGGUUCGGGUAGGGUGCCUUCGUUUCAGCUGUGAGUCUAAAUCCUGGGAACUCUACGAGCGAGUUACCUUACCUACUCUGUUCGAGGACGCUGUCGGCCUUCUUUUCAGCGGCCACGGACUCGAGCUUGCAAUUGUCGAUGCGAAGGGGAGACUAUGCAUCUACCACUGCUCCCACCUAGCAUUAAAUCGGUUCAUGCUCGGGAAGCCUAACAACCUCGAUGAGAUUCAUGACAGCGCUCAGAUCAUUGGUAUGGCCUGGUUGAACCAAGACCGUCAGGAGAGACCACGAAAUGUUGUCACUCAUGCCACCAAGAAUGACACAAGAUGGCUGCAUACCAACUCCAGAGCAAAACCGCUCGGUCCAUUCUUCUCACGCGGUCUUGUGGUGGUGCAUCGCUCCGGUACAGUGGCCUUUUGGUAUCAACGAAACGAUGGGCAGUAUCUCAGAUCUGCCGGACACUUGUCAACCACAAACGAUAUGCUCUACAGCCACGCAAGUCUCACCCUGACCGCAGACCAGAAAAUGAUGAUUGCGGUGCACUCUUUGGAAGGCGAGAUCUCGGUUUGCUACAUGUCGAUCGACUGGAACCCAUUAAAGCUCAGUGAGAAUAACCUUCCUGCUUUGAGCUUCGAAUUCGUUUCCACCAAGGUGUUCGCUCAACCACCAGGAUCACCUACUAUGCCCGACCUCUAUGACCCAGAUUCGUGGCAUCUCAGUCACCUGGAAUUGAUGCAUAGCCCGGAGGCCGAAAAGGAACCUUCUGCACAACCAGCUGUUGUCGCGAUCCUCACAGGCAUCAAUAAAACCGUGAAUAUCGGCGAUCCAGGGUACCUUGCCGGCAGUAUGAUCAAGAAGUGGACACUCACAUCUGUUGAGCAGAAACUCCAUCCCCUCUUUGAGAGUUUGCCCACUAAAGGCUCUGGCAUGACUGGCCAUGUUCCCAUCCUGACCAUUCAAGCCCAGCUAGAAAAGGCCGAACAAGCCAUUGUCACAGUUCAUCAUGUUGACGGGAUACAAGCAUUCGUCAUAACAACGUCGGAAAAUCGUACCGAUUUCUUAAGUUCAGAUGACUUCUCUCCUCUUUCUUAUGCCGCAUCUAUUACAGAAACCGCCUCAAUGGCGCAAUCAGGAUUCACUUAUCCUUAUACCAACAUAUACUCUCCGGCAUUUUCGAUCAACGCAUGCCUUAGGGCUGAUGUCGGCAACGACGACAAAACCCAGCUUGCUGCAAUGGAAUUCCAGGUCCAAGGCCCGACUCAGCAACCUCUCGACCCACACCUCGACGCCGCCAUUGCCGCAUUGAACCUCGCCUUCGCCCGUGCCUGCUGGAGCAACGCGAGCAUUGACGACGUGCUGAUGUGUGCACUACACACCCUUCCGCACGACACUCUACCGUCAGUGGUGAUGGCCAUGUACCGAACACUCUUUAGAGAUACAGAAUUCAUCAACGAGAAGACGCAAGGGUCCGAGCUAGAGCGAAUCUUCCACAAACAAGUCAUGGGUCGCGUCAUGGCUUACCACGCGCUCCUCGUCGCAUACAGUCCCCAGCUCACAUCGAUCACAACCACCGACGGACGAGUCGGGUGCUGGUCGCUCAGCGCCCAGUGGGCCUGGGUGGCGAGUAACAUCCGCCACACGGCGACACUGCUGUUCAUGAACCUGCGCGAUGUGCAGCAUGCUAGCCUCACCGUGUCCCAGGACUACACGGACAUGCUAUGUCUGAACAUCCGCUGGGGGUUGGCGGUGAUCCGAUGGAUCAUCAGCGCAAUCCUAGAAGUCAGUGAUCGUGAGACGAACCCUGAAAUGUUCGACAGCAAGACCGGGCGGCUGGGCGAUGUCAAGGGGGAUGGCAGCCAGGGGCUUGUCGCGCUGGUUUUGAAUAUUCAUUGUUCGAGGGUCUUCCUGGUCGCGUUCAUCAGAGCUGUCCGCGCGUACGCGAAGAACGCGGAGCCCAAGACGCGGCAUCAAUUACAGGUAUUGCAGACGAUUCAGCAGCACACCACGGGCAAAGGGAUUACCUUUCAGGCUAUUGAGGCGAUUUUGGAGUUUAGAUGGGCUGCAGCGGGUGAUGUUGAUGGCGACAUUGCCGCGACGACGGUGCGACAGCUCGAAAUGAUGGCUACGGGCGUCGUGCCGGAGUCCUACCAGGGCACGAUCAAGCUUUUGCUGACCAAGUUAUUUAAUAGUCAGGCUGGGCUGAGGGCGAAGAUGUUGCUGGACAGGUUAAAGUUGUUUACGGACCGGGUGGAUUUGGACUAUGUCUUCUUGAAUCAUGAUGUGCUUGGGAAGCUGCCUGACGAUGUCAAGGGGAGGAGGGUCAUUUAUGAUGUGCAUAGGAAGAGGCCCAUACUCAAGGGAGUGUUGGAGCCUGGUGGGACGGAUGAGCCGAUUGUAAGACGGUGUCUACGAUGCGGAAGUUUCAGCGCGGACAUUGUGGUGCCGCCACCGGACUGGUUGAGCAAGACGGUCGGUGCGCUGCUGACCAAAUGUGUCUGUGAUGGCAAUUGGGUCAUUGAGCCUUGGAAGAAGUAUAGUGGUGAGAGCUGAAGGGGAGCGUUUGGAUAUGGACUUGCAGCACAGCUACCAACAUCUGGAGAAGCAUCCUCUUCAUGGAUUUUGGGAACGGAGAUGCUGGCGCUGCCAGGAGCAAUCUGUGCUUUUGAAUUUCCGGGAUCUGGGGAGAUUCGAUAUCACGAGCGAUAUUCAUCAAUGUAGUCUGGUCACCGUGCUGACACCGUCCGGCUUUCCAGUCAUAGAUCUGUCUCAUAACAUCAGCUAGACCACGAGGGGUCGUCAGAAGUUCCUCCGGUCGAAGGUAAAGCGAAU